GACUUUAAAAAACCAACCAGUGGAUUUAUCACAAGAGGAUGGAUACAGGAUUUUAACAGUGAUUUCAACCUAACCAACAUCUAACUGACACGGAUUAUCUCACCUCAUCUGCCUGUAGUUCAUCCACUUCUUUUGUUUUGCGGAUUCUGACACCAUGUGCGACGACGAAGAGACUACCGCCCUGGUGUGUGACAACGGCUCCGGCCUGGUGAAGGCUGGGUUCGCCGGCGAUGACGCACCUCGCGCCGUGUUUCCCUCCAUCGUUGGUCGCCCCCGUCACCAGGGCGUCAUGGUUGGUAUGGGCCAGAAGGACUCCUACGUCGGCGACGAGGCCCAGAGCAAGAGAGGCAUCCUGACCCUGAAGUACCCCAUCGAGCACGGCAUCAUCACCAACUGGGACGACAUGGAGAAGAUCUGGCACCACACCUUCUACAACGAGCUGCGCGUGGCCCCGGAGGAGCACCCCACCCUGCUGACAGAGGCACCCCUCAACCCGAAAGCCAACAGAGAGAAGAUGACCCAGAUCAUGUUCGAGACUUUCAAUGUCCCCGCAAUGUACGUGGCUAUUCAGGCCGUGCUGUCCCUGUACGCUUCUGGACGUACCACAGGUAUCGUCCUGGACUCCGGUGACGGUGUGACCCACAACGUGCCCAUCUAUGAGGGUUACGCUCUUCCUCACGCCAUCAUGCGUCUGGAUCUGGCAGGUCGUGACCUCACAGAUUACCUCAUGAAGAUCCUGACUGAGCGUGGAUACUCUUUUGUCACAACCGCUGAGCGCGAGAUCGUGCGUGACAUCAAGGAGAAGUUGUGCUACGUGGCUCUGGACUUUGAGAAUGAGAUGGCCACCGCCGCCUCCUCCUCCUCCCUGGAGAAGAGCUACGAGCUGCCCGACGGUCAAGUCAUCACCAUCGGAAACGAGCGUUUCCGCUGCCCGGAGACCCUCUUCCAGCCCUCGUUCAUCGGCAUGGAAUCUGCUGGCAUCCACGAAACCACUUACAACAGCAUCAUGAAAUGUGACAUUGACAUCCGUAAGGACCUGUACGCCAACAACGUGAUGUCCGGCGGCACCACCAUGUACCCCGGUAUCGCUGACCGCAUGCAGAAGGAGAUCACUGCUCUGGCCCCCAGCACCAUGAAGAUUAAGAUCAUCGCCCCUCCUGAGAGAAAGUACUCCGUGUGGAUCGGCGGCUCCAUCCUCGCCUCCCUGUCCACCUUCCAGCAGAUGUGGAUCAGCAAGCAGGAGUACGACGAGGCUGGACCCUCCAUCGUCCACAGGAAGUGCUUCUGAGCGCCAGGCUGCCCCUCCCUUUUCCUCACUUACCUCCCUCCUACUGUGCCAACAACCCAACGUGUGUGUUGUCGUCAAAUUAUUUGUUUACACUCAAGUGCAAUUUAUAUGUGGAUAUGUAUAGGUUUAUAAUUAAACGAGAACUGAGACUUGCAGAA